UCUUCCAUCCAUCAGUGUCAUUUCUGACGUUCAGCUGUGUUGAUGUGCAAAGGCGAGGUGGUUUUGGUGGUGUGUAAUAGAUAAAAUUACGUUCAAUCACCCUAACAGUGAAGGAUUACCUAAGUUUUGAUGCAAAUGCCUUGUGUUUAUAUUGUAACUUAAACAUUUGAUACAAUGGCUCCCAACUUCAGUAAGUUUACUUCAAGGACAGAUGUAAAAAUUGGUCUGGCUGCCUCAGCAGCUAUAGGCGCAUGGAUUAUAAGGAAUUCUUUAAAAGCAAGCGAAAAUAAAAAUAUUAAACGAGCAACCAGGCUCUCUCCAGAAGAGCAGAUUCAGUACAUGAUAAAAGAGAAGAACAAAAAGGGUCCCAAAGCUCAAAUUGAUGCUAGAUUCUUUGCUGAGUUAAAGAAACUAUGGCGAAUUAUGUUCCCUGGACUGUGGUCAAAGGAGAGUGGUCUUAUGGUGUUGAUCGCUUUCUCACUGAUAUCAAGGUCAAUGUGUGACCUUUGGCUUAUACAGCACACCACAUUGAUUGAGGGAUCAAUUAUCACAAUGGACCUGCCAGAAUUUAAGAAACUCCUCACUCAAUUCUUCAUUGCCAUGCCAAUGAUUUCAUUAGUAAACAACGUUCUGAAAUGGAGCAUAGGGGAAGUGAAACUGCGAAUACGUACAAAUCUGACGCUGCACUUAUAUCAAAAUUACCUCAAAGGUUUCACUUACUACCAAGUGACGAACCUGGACAACCGGAUAUCCAACGCUGACCAAGUGCUGACGACUGACAUCGACAAGUUCUGCGAGACCGUCAUCGACCUGUACAGCAAUAUCAGCAAACCGAUCCUGGACAUCAGCAUAUAUUUGUACAGGCUGACCACCAAUCUGGGACCCUCUAUCUAA